CUCUCAUGUUGCUGUUGCUACUGCUGCUGCAGUCACAGACCAGCGAGCUGAACACUCCCGUUAUUGUCAUUUUUCUCGUUCUAAGCGAUAGACCGCAUUCCAGCAGUGAGGCGACUUCUUUUUCAUCCUGAGAUUCGCCCUUGCCUUUAAACCGGAUUACGUCUUGUGCAUCGCUACGGGUUAUGCACGUUGUAUUGUAUCGCGCUUUUCGAUCAAGAACCCGAGUCUGUAGAAAGACAGAAGGAUACCGUCGCAGUGUGAGCGUUUGAAAAGGACGGAAUAAGACGCGGUCUUGCUGCCAUCUGUUAUGUUUGAGGAGUAAUCGUAUCACGGAGCUUCCUCGACUUUCGUUUCAGAACCCUGGACAGCGGAAAGCGCUGACCACUCUUGACUUUAUAUUUAAGUUGCGUUCGCGAGUAGCAACUCCAGUCCACUACUGUGUCCGUAAACGUCUCUAAAACCAAGGGUAUAUAAUGGUAAUAAUAAUCUUUACAUUGCCAAUUCACAGCAGGUGAAUAAGACAGUUCUUUUUUAAACGGCAUCUGUAUCGUUCAUCCCUAAAUGUUAUUUUUGAAAGAGAACAAGCACAGAAAUGCGCACUUGAGGUGAGCUAUAAUCUUAAAUGUGCUUCGGUGUCUGAGGAAAAACGUCUCUCGCUGUUUAUGGAAAUUCAUUCUUCCUGACCCACGCACGCAACGCCCUACAACUGUAGAUCUGUUCCAUCGCCUCCAGCAUCCACCAGCGAUGGGUCGCUUUUUACAGUUUCUCCUCCAUAGGCCUGUCCUCCGGUCUUCUCUGGCCGUUACAAUCGCCGUCUUCCUCUCCUGCUGCUGUCCGGCUUCAGGCAAAAAGAAGCUUUACAUCGGAGCCCUUUUCCCCAUGAGUGGAGGCUGGCCCGGUGGACAAGCCUGCCUCCCCGCCGCUCAGAUGGCGCUGGACCUGGUAAAUAACAGAACCGACAUUCUUCCGGACUACGAAAUGGAGCUAAUACACUACGACAGCAGAUGUGAUCCAGGGGAGGCCACUAAGCUGCUGUAUGACCUUCUGUACACAGAGCCGAUAAAAGUUGUUCUGAUGCCAGGCUGCAGCUCUGUGUCUACACUGGUGGCUGAGGCUGCUCGCAUGUGGAACCUUAUCGUGUUGUCAUAUGGCUCCAGUUCUCCAGCUCUUUCCAACCGCCAGCGCUUUCCCACUUUUUUCCGCACUCAUCCGUCUGCCACGCUGCACAACCCCACUCGAGUACAGCUCUUUCAGAAGUGGAAGUGGACCAAGAUUGCCACCAUUCAGCAAACAACUGAAGUCUUUACAUCAACUUUGGAUGAUCUUGAGGAGAGGGUGAAGGAAGCAGAGAUUGAAAUUAGUGUUCGUCAGAGCUUCCUUACCGACCCAGCUGUUGCUGUCAAAAAUUUAAAGCGCCAAGAUGCCAGAAUCAUUGUUGGCUUGUUCUAUGAGACGGAGGCCAGGAAGGUCUUUUGUGAGGUGUACAAGGAGAAGUUAUAUGGAAAAAAGUAUGUGUGGUUCCUUAUUGGCUGGUAUGCAGACAACUGGUUUAAGAUCAAGGACCCAUCCAUUAACUGCACUGUGGAGCAAAUGACAGAGGCUGUAGAGGGUCAUGUGACUACAGAAAUAGUCAUGCUCAACCCAGAAACUGUGCGAGGAGCAUCCAACCUGACCUCUCAAGAGUUUCUAGCUCAGCUGAUGUCUAAGCUUGGUGGGAAAAAUCCAGAGGAGACAGGAGGUUUCCAGGAGGCCCCACUGGCCUAUGAUGCUGUCUGGGCCCUAGCCCUAGCCCUUAACAAGACUGUGGGACCCCUAAAAGCCAAAGGUCUCGGGCUAGAGGACUUUAACUACAAUAAUCGCGAUAUUACAUCUGAGAUUUACCGCGCUAUGAACACCAGUUCCUUUGAAGGGGUCUCAGGUCACGUUGUAUUUGAUGCUCAAGGUUCUCGAAUGGCCUGGACUCUUAUUGAACAACUUCAAGGAGGAAGCUAUAAGAAGAUUGGAUACUAUGACAGCACUAAAGGCAAUCUGUCCUGGUAUGGGAAUGACAAGUGGAUAGGCUUGGGACCCCCUGCAGACCAGACGGUGGUCAUUGAAGAAUUUCGCUAUCUGUCCCAGAAGCUCUUUGUAUCUGUGUCCGUCUUUGCUGGGUUGGGAAUCCUGCUAGGAAUUGUCUGUUUGUCCUUCAACAUUUACAACAGCAAUGUCAGGUACAUUCAAAACUCUCAGCCUUAUCUGAACAACCUGACAGCAGUUGGAUGUAUGGUGGCUCUGGCUGCUGUCUUCCCUUUAGGCAUCGAUGGCCUUUAUGUCCACAGGAGGCAGUUCCCUGUCAUCUGUCAGUUUCGCCUGUGGCUUCUCGGUCUGGGUUUCAGUCUCGCAUACGGCAGCAUGUUCACCAAGAUCUGGUGGGUACAUACUGUGUUCACCAAAAAGGAUGAGAAGAAGGAUAAAAGAAAGCAGCAUCUGGAACCAUGGAAGCUCUAUGCUACUGUCUGUGUUCUGCUUGGCAUUGACAUCUUGUCUCUCAUGAUCUGGCAAAUUGUGGAUCCUUUACAUAUCACAGUGGAGAAAUUCACCAGAGAAACCCCAAAAGGAGACCUGGAUGUUUUGAUCCAGCCUUUGCUGGAGCACUGCAGUUCAGAAAAAAUGAACACUUGGUUGGGUGUGGUAUAUGGUUAUAAAGGCCUACUGCUGCUGCUUGGCAUCUUCCUGGCCUACGAGACUAAGUCCAUAUCCACAGAGAAAAUCAAUGACCACCGAGCAGUAGGCAUGGCCAUCUAUAAUGUAGCUGUGCUAUGUAUGAUCACAGCACCCGUCACCAUGAUCCUGUCAUCACAGCAAGACGCCUCCUUUGCCUUUGCUGCUUUGGCCAUCGUCUUCUCAGUCUACAUCACACUGGUGGUUCUGUUUAUCCCCAAGAUGCGUCGUCUGAUAAUGCGGGGUGAGUGGCAGUCAGAUGCCCAGGAGACCAUGAAGACCGGCUCAUCCAUUAAUAACAAUGACGACGAGAAAUCGAGACAACUAGAGAGAGAGAACAAAGAGCUGCAGAAGAUCAUUCAGGAGAAAGAAGAGCGUGUGUCAGAACUGAGAAACCAGCUAACUGAGCGACAGGCCCUGCAAUCUAGAAGAAGAACAUCCACUGUGAGCAACCACAGCUCUCCACCAAUCACCAUCACCCAUAGCAAUCCCAGGUCUCUGGCCCAACCACCAGGCUACUCAGCCCCCAACUCUGAUCCCCACAUUGUCUCUCCUACCUUCACCAAUUCUUCCAGCCUGUGCCAGCCUAAAGGCAAGAUCAAUCGGAAUAACUGCCACACUAGCCGUCUACAAAUGCUCUACAAGUGAGAGGGGUGGUGAGCAGUAGCAGGAUCGUAGCUACAUAUUUAUGAAAUGUGACAAGGGGUGUCAGUCUUAAAUCAGUGUCUCUUGGAGGAGCUUAGUGGAAAAUCUUCUAUCACUCAGCAGCACUUAAAGUGAAAAGGGUAGCGUUAAGAAAAAUGUCUAAUGAGGAUUUACAUACCCACCUUGCCCAGCUUAAUUAAUUAAUUAAUUAAUUAUAUUUUUCUGAUGAAAUAACUUUACAAUGCCCCAUCUGCUGGUAAUUAAUGAUUUGCCUUCUAAACAAAGUUGAUCUGUUACCACACCCUGACCACUACAGCUAUGGCUGCUAAUGUAAAUGUUUUCCAUUAUUAAACUAAACAUGUGUUAGAUGAGCAUAGAAUAGCAAUAAAAUAUGUGCAAUUCUUGUAUUUUUUGCAAACUCUUGACAUGGGGUCACAGAUAUUCCAAGUGUUUUGGGAGGAUAUUUAGAUGCAUAUUUGAACCCUAAAACAAAACAAAAUCUACUAACAACAGCAACAUUAUCUAGGAAUGAAAAUAUUUGAAUUGUUCAUGUAUGUUUAUCGUUUAACUAGGGGCUUAGCAAGAAGUUUGGAUGAAGCUUAUAUUUUACAGUAACCUCCUGCAGUUAUGUACUUAUAAAGUGCUACUGUAUGUACAGAGUUAAUGGUCUGAAAAGCAAGACAUAUGUCUAAAGCCUGUUUGUGACAGAAUGGCUGGAUGUCUCCGUCAUGUAUUAGGCUUUGCCAUUUUCACUAGUCCUGUUAAAUGUUGGAAAAGGAGCUAGCCAAAUUGUUGUACGUGGUUGCAUUUGUUUGUGUUGAAGUUCUCAGUGAUGCCAGUCUUGUUGAUUUAGGGCUGUUCACCAGACGAGGACCUUCAAAAAAAGCCAGUUCACAAUAAAAGUAAUCUCAAGGCACUUUACAAAGUAAGGCUUAAGACCUUACAGAAUCCCUUCAGUGUGUACUGGGGCAGUUUACAGCCAGGUGUGAGACUGUAAUGAGGAUCAGCAUCUUCACAUCUGAGGCCUUGGUUAUGAAUCAGUGUGGAUGUGUUUACCAAUGAAACCCUCAGUUUACCAAUUGAUCAAUUUUCCUUCUCUCUUCCCUACAAUCAUCAGCUUAAAGUCAAGACAGAAUUGACAAGUUAGACAAGUUAGUUUCUUUUGCAGAAUGAUACUUUUCAGAAGUUGAAUUCUUUUUCUGGAAAUAAUUAAUUUUACCCUGGAACAUGUUGUUCCAACCCAAAACAAAAUUUUGGUAGACAUGAAAGAAAAAAAAGUUGGUUAAUCUAAAUCUUAAAUGUAUUACCUCACAUUACAUAUAAGGUUUGUUUUUUAUGGAUUUAUCAAUGUAACAAAAAUGUGUUUAUCUUAACAGUAGACAUAGACUGAAGGGAUUAUAGUACGCUUUAAAUUCAUCUUUUUAAUUUCAUUCUUUUUAAACCUAGUUAGGAAUUGAUCCGUGCAUUAAUACAGUUCAGUGGUAGGAAGCAGUGGUCUGUCUUGUUACCCACUGUGUGUUAGAUUUGACAAGUCAGCUUGUUAACGGUGCAUGUUUCCACCACCAAGUUUCUGGGUUGUUCUUCAGAUUUCCCAAUUAAACACUCCCUCACUCAUCUUCUCACCCGCUUUAUCCACUCAAGGGUCACAGGGGGCCUAAUACAUCUGCUUCAAAAAAGAGUUUUCAUUUACAUGAUAUUGCCUUUUCCAGAUUAAGACUCAUUGAACGUGCUACAGUACAUGGGGUAAUUUUUUGUUCUUUUGCAUUAUACAGUAUCUGAAUCUCAUUGUUAAAAUUUCAAUUUUAACCUGAAUUUGUGUGCAACACAUAUAAAUAAAUAAACAUGGUUUGUGUUAAACUGUUAUGAUAAACGCUUACAAACGAUAAAAUAGUUUGUUUUCAUAAAUGUGAGUAUUUGAACUUCUGAUUGGACUAAUAAUGUGAGGCACAGAUUUAUGAACCAUGAUAACCAUUAAAUUUUGCUACUGCUAUAGUGAGUAUGUGUAAAUAUCUGCUGUUUGUUUGUCUGUUAUAAAGUAUUUUACCUGUUGAAUGUGUAAAGCAGUAAUGUUCAAAAUAUGCACAUUGUAAAUAAUGAUGUACAUGUAAAUAAUAAGACAUUAAUUUUGCAUAUAUAAACUGUAUUUCAUGUGUUACAGUAUUCAGAGUAUAUUUCUAUAUACUGUAUACCUGAUCUGGACAAUAUUUUGAAAUGUAAGAAUCAAAAUAAAACUACUUGUUCAUCUGAAACUAUGGUCUACAAAUGCAACAUAUACUGAUAAAGUGGCUUACAAUACAAUCAUAUACACUAUUUCAUCCCCAACAAAAGUCUUCUAUUAUAUCUUGUCAUGUGAAGAAACAUCACUUUGCCACAUUAUAAAGCAGUAACUCUACAGCUUGUAUAACAGUGAACAUUCCCUGUCCCCUCAAAAACAACUCAUCACAGACAAUGUGUCACAGAUCAGAACAGUGAAGGACCCAAAUGCACAGCUCAGACAAGACUUGAGUUUUAGAGGAUUCAAGGUCAGUACACAGAUGGCAGAGAUGAAGGCAGCAGUACAGGUAAGGGGUCGGGCAAAAGUGGUAGUCAAUCUCCAGACUUAGUUAAAAAACGGAAAAGUCCAAUACAGCACAGACACGGUCACAAACAAAUGGUACAAAUGGUACUUACGCAUGAAAAUCCUACAUAAGAACAAAUCUAUGCCUACAGUAGGUUCAGAUGUAUCACAAACGAAAUGUGUGUAGAUUUAUGGUAGCUCCCUGGCUGGCAUAGGUAGGAUCCACAAGUGAAUCCACAUUCUACAUAUUGGACAGGAGGUGAUGUUACCUCUUGUAUUAAAACAUUGUUUAAAGGGAGCCUUCCAAAUUCACUUCUUCACAAUAACUUUAGAUAUUCAGGGGUUAAUUAAGUGUGGUAAAUUCUGUUCCUCCUAUGGAGUUAUUUCUGUCCAUUGCAACAAAUGUCAAGUUGACCGUGGUGUCAGGUUGGCCACUAAAACAAAUAAACUGCUGCAGCUGAGUAAACAUGGACUUUCGAUGGACACGUAGGCACUCGCUGGUUGCAUAAACAACACUGCAUUAAAAAGUGGGCAUUGGGAGAUGUUUCUUAGAGUGCUUCGCAGAGGGUCUGCUGCAGACACCCAGCUGACCUUUUUCGACCUCUCAGUUCUUUCUGCAGAAGAACAAGCGGGUGAAUUCGGCCACCACCUCUCUCAUGAUUAUUCUGUGAUUGUACUAUUUCAUUCUAUGUAAUAAAUUCAUGUGUUAAUUUGAGCAUAAAA